GGAGCAGUGACAAGGGGAGGAGGUGUAGAUGUAGAAGAAGUCUUGGAUGAGAGGUCAAGUAGUAAGAGUGGAGUGGCCAUUUUUGAUGGUAGGAGUAGUGGCCAUUGGUUGGUCAAGUGAUAUGGCCAGUGGUUGGGAUGAGAUGUCAGUAGUGGCCAGGUUGGGAGUAUGGAGUAGUGGCCAUUGGUUGGGGAGUACGGAGUAGUGGCCAUUGGUUGGGAUGAGUAUGGAGUAGUGGCCAUUGGGUAGUACGGAGUAGUGGCCAUUGGUUGGGAGUAUGGAGUAGUGGCCAUUGGUUGGGAUGAGUACGGAGUAGUGGCCAUUGGUUGGGAUGAGUAUGGA